UGUCAAUAUUCUAUCAGUCAGGGAAAAUAGUGCUGGAAUGCUCUCUACAUUUGCUUGUGUUAAAUAACUAAAAAUGGAUAUCAACGUUAAUGAAUUUUUGCGGAAAAGCACAAAAGCAUACAAUUUCCAGUACCUGGACGUUACUCAAUUAGAUCGAAUCAUUCGCAAUGUUAAAAAAAGUUCAGAUGUGCAAGUUGAUUCUACUAGUAGUCAAAUGCCAGUGGAAACUAAACAGAAAAAUGUUCGGAUGCUUCAGGACGACGAAAUUGACGAAAUAUUACGAACAGCAGUGAUGGAUCUACAGGAAGAAGAAGUUCAUUGUGAAGCGCCAACUUUCUUAGCUGAUGAGAAUCAUGAAUUGAAAUCGGAAGAUGAUGAGCAUAGCGAUGGGGAAUCUACGAUUUGUUCAUCAGGAUCAUCUGUACUAUUUUCACCUUUGCAACCUGACUUCCAACAUACAUCGGAUGAAACAACAGCAGACAUUGAGGAUAAUCUGAUUGGGGACGAAGAUUGUGCAGUUCAUAGGUCAAUAUUGGCACCGAAAUACUCAUUGGAAAAUGAACGCAACCCGAUUAACGACGACUGCUUAGAGUUUUUAGACUCCGAAUCAAUUGCCGAGGAACUCACAAUAAUGAAUAACGAAAGCGAUGGUGACUCGGAAUCGGAAUCCGUCAAAGUGCUGCCUGUAAUUCGUGUUCGUUCACCAGUUAAACCUGCUUCGGCGAUUAUCGAAACCUACGAGACCGAAGAUCCUUACCCAGUAAACAAUAUUCAAACGAUUUUUGACUUUGCUGCGAUCGAACGGUCCAAUAAAAAGUACUCUGAAAACAGGCUACGUUUUGUACCCGAAAUUUCGUCUAAUUUAACACGACCAGUAUCUCGGAAGUCACUGGUAGAAGAAUUUGAUACGUUCGUUAAAAUUACUGAGCUUCAGAAGAAAGUGUGUUUGCUGAUUGAUGAUAUCCGACACUGUAUGGGAAAAGUCGAAGAACCCGAGGAUGAGCUUGAAGAACGGAAGCGAGAAAAGCGAACGGCUGAGUUUUUGAUUAGAUUUCAGAGGAAUUAUUUGUACCAAAUUAAUCGUCUGGAAGAAGACGUAUGCGUAAUGGCCCGAAAUUCAUUUGAAUUCGUUCCGAAAGUUUAUCAGUUGUAUAAACUAAUUUGUCAAGGUCUUAAAUUCUACUUGAAAAAUAUGAAAUACUUUGUCAUCGGUGUAAAUCCAGAGAAGCUCUGGACGUUGGGAAAACAAAUCGUCAGCUCUACAAAGGUCUGUGUGCAGAAAGGAAUCUUUGACGAGGAUGAUUUAAUAGUUGACGAAAUUAAUGAAAAGUGUCACCUGUUGAAGCAAAGUUUAAAAGAAGAAGCUGGUAGAAAAAAAGACAAAAAAAAUCAGCGAAAGCGAGUCAAAGUGUCAAACAUUCCAUCGGAAUCAACUGUGCUAAAUGCCAAGUAUUCAAUGUACGGUGUUACAACUCCGGUACAGAAACGGCGCAUUCCCACUCGGAAAAGCGUAAGUUCUGACACCAAAAAACGCUCAACAUUGAAACAUCGUGCUGCCAAACAACCGCCAAAUGAUACCACGAAAACACAAAAAUGUGGUAAAAUCAUAACAGUUCCUGUAUCCAAAUCCAGCUCUUCCUCGCUCGGUCAAAGUAAAAGCAAAACCCGAGUGCGUUCAGCACGAACUCCCGCGGGGACUAUUGACGAUGUGGUGACUCAAGUCCAACAGCAAUCAGAUCCUUUAGCCAAUUCCCGCCUGUUGAAAGAAGUCUCUAGUGCCUUAACGAAAAUGUCGACCAGCCGGGAUGCCGCCAUCAGCUCGGAAGUGAACCAAGAACUGCGACAGUUGAUAAUGGAUACUAUUCAAAAUAUUACUCAGCAGGAGUUAAAGCACUUGAUACCGUCACUGGAGGUAAGAUGAAUUUCUCGCAUCAUUGUUGAACCAUCUUAUGUUUUAUUGAUAUACAAUAAAAAAAAACAUUU